AUGCCAGCUUUUGCCAUCACGCUGUCUCUCCUCCUCCUGGUCACUUUUCUUAGCCGCAUCAUAAUCCAGCGAUGGGGCGAUCCGCUAUCGUCGCUCCCCGGGCCGAUGAUGUCGAAAUAUACAGACGUGAUCCUGACGUACCAUUGGCUUAUUGGCAACAAAGCGAAAUACGUGCAUUCGCUACAUAAAAGAUACGGCCCAGUAGUCCGUGUCAGCCCAAAUCAAGUCGAUAUUAGCAGCUAUGCCGUGGCAAAGGAGAUUCACAGCAUCGGAAGCCCAUUCGUCAAAUCGCAGUUUUACCGCCACUUGACUCGAUACGACGUCAAGAACCUGUUCAACACCAGUGAUCCCAAGUUCCACGGCCAGCGAAGACGACUGCUCGCAUCGCCCAUGUCCAACUCGUCCAUGAAGGUCCUGGAGCCUGCAAUCACUGCCCGCGUUCGCCUGGCAAUUUGCAGGAUAGAACAGGAGAUGGAAGUGCGAGGUGCAGCGGAUGUGUAUAAAUGGUGGAUGUUUAUGGCGACGGACGUGGUCGGAGAGCUGUGCUUUGGGGAUUCGUUCAGGAUGCUGGAGCAUGGACAGAAAACCCAAUAUUCCAGAGACCUUGAGUCUGUGUCCGCCAUGGAAGCCGUGCGGGUGGCCUUCCCAGGGAUGGUCAGCCUGGCGAGUGUAAUUCCUUUCUUCGCCGUCUUCCGCCAAUCCGCGGAAGCGGGCUCCCGUAUGGAGAAUUACGCGACGCAGUCUGUGCGGCGGUAUAAAAAGUUGCUUGCUGCGGAUCCGUACCUAAAGCCAACUCUCUUUACGAGGCUAUUCGGGGCCGGGAAAGGCGGCCUCCCGGAUUGCGAGAUCAUCAACGAGGCAAUUAGUUUUAUCAUCGCGGGCAGCGAUACUACGGCAACGACCAUGACCUAUCUGGUAUGGGAGGUCAGUCAGAAUCCUAGCAUCAAAAAGGCGCUGUUGGCGGAGCUGCAAAGUCUGCCAGACCAUUUUCAGGACGAUGAUCUCCGCUCGCUGCCGCAUCUGAACCAGGUCAUUACCGAGAUAUUGCGUUUAUACACUGGUGUCCCCUCAGGCCUGCCUCGGGUAUCGCCACAGGGGAUUAAUCUUGGGGGAUACUGGAUCCCAGCCGGUGUAACGGUCACUACUCAGGCGUAUAGCCUACAUCGGGAUCCUGUCGUCUUCCCGGACCCAGAGAGAUUUGAUCCUCGCCGCUGGGAACGACCUACUAAGGAGAUGGAAGAUGCAUUUAUGCCGUUUGGUGGCGGUGCUCGCACCUGUAUCGGGAUGCAUUUGGCUAAGACUGAGCUUCGACUGGCAACGGCGCACUUCUUCCGAAAGUUCCCCAAGGCAGUCGUCUCGACAAAAGAGGGAAUGGGUGUAGACGAUAUGGACCAGAUUGCCUAUUUCUUGAUGUCACCGAAGGGCAAACGGUGCCUGGUGGAGGCUUGGUAGCCUAGAUCUCAGGUGCCUGGAGAGAACCAUGAAUAAUUCGGAGGGUUUUCAUCACUACACCAUUGAAUACGCUUUGCAGCGGAGUGAAGAUAGACCACAGUAUACGAG